AGUAGGAAUGGAAACUUCAGUUGAUAAUGUGUUAGCUCCUGAAGCUGUCUUGUCAAUUAUUGACAAAAAUCUAAAACCAUCAGAAGGGAGGGAAGGUUCUAUUACAGUACUUGGUUCAAGUCAAGACGCUUUGGCAGCAUUAACUCAUGCAAUUAUGCAAGCCGUAGGUUUUCGACUUGUUGGGCUUGGCGAGGAAGACAGCUUGGAAGAGGCUGAUCGUGACAUUAUUAAAAGGGAUUCUGAAGGCAAUAUUAUAGGAUUACCGAAAGAGUGGAAUGAACAAGGUCCUAAUUCAUAUGCUUUUCGAUACAAACACCCACAAUCAUCAUUCACAUUUUUGAUCAAAUGCAUGCGAUUAUCUAAUAAGUUUAUAAUUCACGGUAUGGGAAUUGAGGAUAAUAAGACAACAACAUUGGAAUUAAUCACGGAUGACUAUACUUCUCCAUCGUUUUUCCCAUACACAUCCGAAAAGUAUCAUGAAGAACCUAUGAUUAAUGGGUAUAUAUCAACAAGUCGUAUCAAAGAUCUGAUCAACCUUUAUAAAAUAAAUAUUGUGCAAAAAUUAAUUCCAGGGUUAAAUAAACCUGGAUAUGAAGAAACCAGAACUACGUCAGCGACCACUUCUAAUCCUAGUACUCGUCAACAAGAACCUUAUAAUGAUCCCUUACGCGUUCCAACACGUCAACCACCACGCUUUCAACCACCGAUCUUCGAUGAUCCAUACGGUGGUGAUGAACCAUCAAGUUUCAAUCCCUUCAGCGUUGGUCAAGAUGAUUUAGAUCCACUUGGCUCGAAUCCAAUUUAUGGGCCACCAAGAUUUGGCGGUGGUGGAAUUCAACCCUUAGGAGGUGUUGGAGGUAAUGGGAUGUAUGUAGGGCCAGAUCAUCCUAUAUUUGGACAACGAGUUCCUCCUGGUGGCCGUGGUGGACCGCAACCGCUUCCAAGAGGAUCCGUUCCACCUGGUGCUAGAUUUGAUCCAAUUGUACCAUUUGGACCUGGGGGGCCUGCUCCAGGACGAGGUCGAUUUAGUCGGCCGCGAGGAGAUCCAUUUAGCGGUGAACCUGAUAACGAUGAGGUUUCUCCUCCGGGGUACAAUGAUAUGUUCAUGUAA